CGCUUCCGGUUAUACACAGCGCUUCCGGUAUAAAGAGCGCCGAAGGAGGAUAACUCCUGGUGCAAUUUUUUUCAUUCCCCGAAUCGGUCGCGAAUCCGCGGCAUCCGACCUGCAGCCAUGACGGUGGGGAAAAGCAGCAAGAUGCUGCAGCACAUUGAUUUCAGAAUGCGUUGCAUUCUGCAAGAUGGUCGCAUCUUCAUUGGAACCUUCAAAGCAUUUGACAAGCAUAUGAAUCUUAUACUGUGUGACUGCGACGAGUUUAGGAAGAUCAAGCCCAAGAACUCCAAACAGCCAGAACGGGAAGAGAAGAGGGUACUAGGGUUGGUUUUACUACGAGGGGAGAACUUGGUAUCCAUGACAGUAGAAGGCCCACCACCAAAAGACACUGGUAUUGCUAGGGUACCCUUGGCUGGAGCAGCUGGAGGACCAGGAGUUGGCAGAGCAGCUGGUAGAGGUGUGCCAGCUGGUGCUCCUAUGCCACAAGCUCCUGCUGGCUUGGCAGGACCCGUCAGAGGUGUGGGAGGACCAUCACAGCAGGUGAUGACACCACAGAGUCGAGGUAACGUUGCUGCAGUGGCAGCAGCCACAGCUAGUAUUGCUGGUGCCCCAGCACCGUAUGCUGCCGGAGGACGUGGCGGUCCACCACCACCAAUGGGUAGAGGAGCACCCCCACCAGGAAUGAUGGGACCCCCUCCAGGCAUGAGGCCACCCAUGGGUCCACCAAUGGGCAUGCCCCCAGGCAGGGGAGGACCAAUGGGAAUGCCCCCACCUGGUAUGAGGCCACCUCCACCUGGAAUGAGAGGUCCUCCACCACCAGGCAUGAGGCCCACCAGGCCAUGAUCCAAGUCACCUGUAGACUUGUUUGCUCUUCUCUAGCUCUUUUGUUCUGCCGUCAUGGGACUGUUGUGGUUAGAUGUUUGUAACUUUCUUUUGUAAAUUGUUUUUAAUAAAGAAUUAAAGAAAACUAUGUUCUC